AAUGCGAGAGCAAUCAGGAGAGGCUAUGGCCGAACACAUCGUAUCGCCUUGGAAACAGGACCCAUGACCCCAGGAUUUAGCCACUCUUCAUCGAUAAAGAAACCUGAACCUUACUCAAAAUGCCAAGACUGCCUGCGACGGAUUCAAAGGUAUAUAAUAACAAAGCUUGGGGAGGACUGGAUCUUCUUGGUGCUGCUGGGUCUCACCAUGGCUCUGGUCAGCUGGAGUAUGGACUAUGCCAGUGCGAAGAGCCUGCAAGCUUACAAAUGGAUGUAUGCAAAGCUGAAAGGGAACGUGCCACUUCAGUACCUGGCCUGGGUCACAUAUCCCAUCAUUCUCAUUGUGUUCUCCUCCCUCUUCUGCCACCUGGUCUCCCCACAAGCUAUAGGCUCUGGUAUCCCAGAGCUGAAGACCAUUCUACGUGGUGUGGUGCUGAAGGAGUAUUUAACUCUGAAAGCCUUUGUGGCUAAAGUCAUCGGCCUGACUGCAAGCCUGGGCAGUGGCAUGCCUUUGGGAAAAGAGGGCCCUUUUGUCCACAUUGCAAGUAUCUGUGCUGCUGUUCUGAGUCGAGUCAUGUCCAUCUUCACAGGAGUGUAUGAGAACCCCUAUGGUUACACUGAUAUUCUGACAGUGGGGUGUGCUGUAGGGGUCGGCUGCUGUUUCGGCACUCCUCUUGGAGGUGUGUUGUUCAGUAUUGAGGUCACAUCCACUUAUUUUGCAGUGAGGAAUUAUUGGAGAGGAUACUUAGCCGCUACGUUCAGUGCCUUUAUAUUCCGAGUGCUCUCUGUAUGGAACAAAGACUCUGUCACAAUUACAGCUUUGUUUCGCACAAAAUUCCGGAUGGACUUUCCAUUUGAUCUGCAGGAGCUACCGGCAUUCGCCGUCAUUGGGAUCUCAUGUGGAUUUCUGGGAGCGUUCUUUGUUUAUCUGAACAGACAGGUUGUUUUGUUCAUGAGAAGACCAACAGCACUCACUCACUUCCUCACAAAAUACCGGUUGAUUUACCCUGGUGUGGUGACUCUCAUUAUUGCCACCUUCACAUUUCCACCAGGCUUCGGACAAUUUAUGGCUGGUGAGCUGAUGCCGAGAGAGUGUAUUAACUCUCUGUUUGAUAACUUCACCUGGACAAAAGUCUUGGACCCCACCAUGGUACCGGGCCUGGGCCGCUCUACUGCCUGGUUCCAUUCAAAAGUCAGCGUCUUCAUCAUCCUCCUCCUCUUUUUCAUCAUGAAGUUUUGGAUGUCUGCAGUAUCAACAACGAUGCCUAUCCCCUCUGGUGCCUUCAUGCCUGUCUUUAUACUCGAUGGUAUUCUCUUUGAUGGUAUUAUUUACCAAAUCCUACCUGGAGGCUAUGCUGUGAUCGGUGCCGCAGCGAUGACCGGUGCAGUCACACACACAGUUUCAACUGCAGUGAUCUGCUUUGAGCUAACCGGGCAGAUCUCUCACAUUCUACCCAUGAUGGUGGCAGUGAUCCUGGCUAACAUGGUGGCACAGGGUCUGCAGCCAUCCCUCUAUGAUUCCAUAAUCCAGAUCAAAAAGCUCCCCUAUCUCCCAGAGCUUGGUUUUGGCCACAUCAGUAAGUAUAAUAUCUGUGUGGAGGACAUCAUGGUGAAGAAGGUGAAGUUUUUGUCUCCUCAGACCACCUACCGUGAACUUCUUCACCUUCUGCAGAUCACUACCCUCAAAACCAUCCCAGUGGUUGAUUCUAAAGAGUCAAUGACUUUGUUGGGCUCUAUUGAGCGGUGUGAGCUUCAAGCAGCCUGUGACUGGUGGCUGUCAGCAGAGAGACGGAUUAUGAACCAAGGUCAGGCAAUGCGCAGUCCAGGGUCAGUGGUCAGCUGGGAGUCCUUCAGUUUGGUAGAUGACGAAGGAGGAGAGGAGAGCAAAGAAAAGGAAAACACAGUCUCUGAGGAGCGGAACGGCCCGUUGGACACUGUGGGGGAUCUCACCAAUCACACGGCACCUGGUGUACUCAGGAUCAUGAGGAGCGCACUUCAUCGCCUCUUGUCAAACUCAUCCUCAUCGCAGCAGGCUGAGUCACAGGACAUGUUGCCCGUUCCUGUACCAGACAGCAUGACUCCAGAUGAGAUCAAAGCUUGGGAGGAUGCUGAGCUGGAUAAGCCGAUUGAUAUUGAUCAGAUUCGCAUCGAUCCCUCCCCUUUUCAGUUGGUGGAAAGGACAUCGCUGCAUAAGACACACACACUUUUCUCUCUGUUGGGUCUCAGUCAUGCCUAUGUCACCAGCAUAGGUAAACUAGUGGGGGUCGUAGCACUUAAAGAGCUUCAGAAGGCCAUAGAAGGUUCAACCUGCAGUGGCGUGCGUCUGCGCCCCCCUCUGGCCAGUUUCAGAGACGCCAGCCGUAAAGCCAAGGAGCACCCCCACCCACCCUCUGCCCCUUCUUCUCCCACCCGAGACAGAGAGCUGUGGAGCAAGGAAGAGGAGAAAGAAAUAAAAGAUGAGCCCAAACUGGACGAGUCCAAAGAAACAGAGUGCAAAAUCAGUGUAGACAACAGCAGCAGAAAUUCAGAUUGUUCAGCUCAGGGGCAACCAACCUCCCCUUCCUCCCCAUCGUCUCCUUCCAUCCCUCUUUCAUCCCUCCAUCGUCUGCCUGAACAGGACACAAGUGGAGAGAGAGACAGUGAUGAUGAACUGGUUUGACUGUCAUUUUUUUCUUCCACAAACUUAACCCUCUGUAGAAGGUCUCCAGCGUUGGCUGCAGAUGGGCGAGAACGAUGUAAUAUGUGAUGUGAAGUUUUUCUACAUUUUUCUACAUCUGACACAGAUCCCUUGUCCUCAUGGCAAAGUCUCUCCCCACCUGUCUCAGGACGCUGUGUAUCGGCCCUCCCUCAGUCUGUCUCGCUGCCUGCGUGUCCUUUCAUCUGUUAUUCAGAAGCAGGUGCUUGAACAUCAGAUCUA